UUUGCCUCUUUUCUCUGAGCUGUGCACUCCCCAGCUGUGAGUUGGCAGCAGAGGCAAAGAGACUGCCCAGUUGUGGCACAUCCAGGGUGGGUAGGGGGCCAGAGAGCCUUUCCCCAUCCACCAGAGCCUGGUGCCUCCCAGGCUGACCAGAGCUGGCUCCCAGACUAGGGCCAGAGGUACUCAGCAAUAAUUCAGGGGCUCCAGCUCUUUGGAACCUAUUGCCAGGAAACAGGGAGACUGGUACGUGCAUCCCCAGGGAGUGGGAAUCAGUUUCCAGCCCAGACAAAGCAGUGAAAUGUAAGCCCAGGGCGCUGUCUGGGAUCUGUGGAACUUCCCACUCCAAUUUGCAAAGGCUGAGUGGGGACACUAGGGGGGUGAGGGCUGCUGAGGCCCAGCUGGCAUGGAUACAGUGAUAGGGGCACCAGGAUGGGACUGGCGCCCAAGGACUUGAUGAAUGAGAAAGAUGAUUUUUCCAGAGCCAUUCCAAGAGAUCAGCCUCUGAGGGGAGAGAUUCCUUCAUGAUUCUUGAUCAAGAUGGGUCAGCAGAAAGGGCUGAGGUGGCGGAAGCCUGCUCUGUCCUGCCCCCCCACUCCAGACUCCUUUGGAUUGGGUUCACUUGCUGGGCACUGUGCCAGCUGAGGGAGGCUGGUGCAUCUUUAAUGAAGUUACCUGAUCCCUGGGACAGCGUCUCGACCUCGCCAAGUUUCUGGAGCCAGAGGCACUGGGUACCCACUGAGCCUCUACCUUCCUGUGCCUGGAUGCCAGGUCCGUGCCCCUGCAGCCAUGAACCAGGCCUUUUGGAAAACCUACAAGUCCAAAGUGUUGCAGACUCUGAGUGGGGAAUCUGAGGAGGACCUGGCAGAGGAGAGGGAGAACCCAGCCUUGGUGGAGUCUGGGGCAGCAGAACCAGCCGAAGAGGCCUUCACUCCCAUGUCACAGCUGGCCCGCCGGGUUCAGGGAGUUGGGGUGAAAGGUUGGCUGACCAUGUCAUCUCUGUUUAACAAAGAAGAUGAAGACAAGCUGCUGCCACCGGAGCCCUGUGCAGAUCACCCGCUGGCGGCGCGGCCCCCCUCGCAGGCGGCGGCCGAGGCGGAGCCGCGCGCGCCGGGAUUCUGGGACGCGUUCGCCAGCAGGUGGCAGCAGCAGCAGAAGGCGGCGGCGUCCAUGCUGCGCGGCGCCGAGCCCACCCCGGAGCGGGAACCCGAACCUGAGGAAGAGGCUGCGGAGGAGGCCGCCGAGCGCCCGGGGCCGCGGGAGGCCGACCCUGCAACCGGCUUCAAGUGGGGCUUCCUCACCCACAAACUGGCCGAGAUGAGGGUGAAGGCUGCGUCCAAGGGCGACUAGCCGGCCCGUCGAACUGGGAGCCCGCUCCCCGACCCCCAUAAAAGCCCCUGA